UUUGUUCUAUCAAUUCCACUAGAAAACUGAGUUUUAUGGCUAAGUUGUCUUCUUAUUACUUCUGCAUUAUGUUAGCUGUUGAGGUUUUGAGUUUUGUAGCCAAGAGUCAAGCAUUAGAAGGAUCGGGGUCCAUGGCGCCAAGGGGGACUUGGUCGGAUGCUUAUCCACCAGGACCAGGUGGUGGGAUGAUGGCGGAAAGUGCACAUAUCAGAUUGCUGGGGAGGCACCAUGAUUCUGCAGCCGGAGGAGAGGCCAUCCUUGGAGGAUUUGUCAUGGCCUUUGUGGUGGCUGUUGCAUGCUACAUUCGCGUCACAAGGAGAACACCGGAAGCUGCCAAAGCAUGAGUUGCAGAAGUUCUUUGCCUGGGGUCUGGAAUUUUGUGGGACCAUGAAGAUUGAAAAUGUGAAGGUCUUAUCCUGUGACUUACUGGGCAAAAAAUUUUUGCAGAAUAGACUUUGAUUCAUAAA